CGAUAUUUUUGUGGCUCUUUUGGGUGUGUGCUUUCUUCAUGUGUGUUGUGCUACUUAUGUGGAUUAUUAGGUGAUAUUCUUGUUUUACCGGAUUGUGAUCCUAAACCGCCAAGAUGCCUAAAUCGAUGAACGUCCGCGUGACGACGAUGGACGCGGAACUGGAGUUCGCGAUCCAGCAAACGACGACAGGCAAGCAGCUGUUCGACCAGGUGGUGAAGACGAUCGGACUGCGCGAGGUUUGGUUCUUCGGCCUCCAGUACACCGACUCUAAAGGCGACCUUACAUGGAUAAAGCUUUACAAGAAGGUGAUGCAGCAGGACGUGAAGAAGGAGAACCCGCUGCAGUUCAAGUUCCGCGCCAAGUUCUAUCCGGAGGACGUGGCCGACGAGCUCAUACAGGAGAUCACGCUCAAACUCUUCUACCUGCAGGUGAAGAAUGCGAUAUUAUCUGACGAGAUCUACUGCCCGCCGGAGACGUCGGUGCUGCUGGCGUCGUACGCGGUGCAGGCGCGCCACGGCGACCACAACCCCGCGCUGCACGCCGCCGGCUUCCUCGCCAACGACCGCCUGCUGCCGCAGCGCGUCACCGACCAGCACAAGAUGUCCCGCGAGGAGUGGGAGCAGAGCAUCACCAACUGGUGGCAGGAGCACCGCGGCAUGCUGCGCGAGGACGCCAUGAUGGAGUACCUCAAGAUCGCGCAGGACCUCGAGAUGUACGGCGUCAACUACUUCGAGAUCCGCAACAAGAAGAACACCGAGCUGUGGCUCGGCGUCGACGCGCUCGGACUCAACAUAUACGAGAAAGAUGACAAACUGACGCCUAAGAUCGGUUUCCCGUGGUCGGAGAUCCGCAACAUCUCGUUCAACGACCGCAAGUUCAUAAUAAAGCCCAUCGACAAGAAGGCGCCGGACUUCGUGUUCUUCGCGCCGCGCGUGCGCGUCAACAAGCGCAUCCUGGCGCUCUGCAUGGGCAACCACGAGCUGUACAUGCGCCGCCGCAAG